AUGGAAAAAGUUUUCUUCUGCAAGAUUGGAGCUUUUGCUUUGCUGCUGUUGGCCCUGGCCGUGACCGCGAACCCAUUGCAAGGAACCGACGAUGCCAUCACCGUACCGACGAUUCAGUUCCGAAGCAAAUCCGGCGAAGCCGACGAAAUCUGUACCGGUUAUCAAAUCCGUGGAAGUCUGUAUGCAACGUUGGCCCGUUGCCUAGGAACAGAACAAAGCGAAAUCUAUAAGCUUCGUGAGCUGGACUUCGUUGGACAGGGAGCCCAAAAGGUCCAAGCGUUUGCUCUGCGGUCUGCCAGCGAUGAGUCCGGUGGCGAUAUUGCUAUGGUGCUGUACAACGGCAAGGAAUACGGUUUGAGCACCGACGAAAGCAACGGAAUUUUCGAGAAGUUUGGCCUUGUUCCGAAGAUACGCGUGGAGAGGCAGGAUGAGGAAGGAGCGGGUGCCAGUUUCGCUGAAAUAAACGUGCGCCUAGUUGCGGCUGCUUUGGUUUUGACGGGAACCGUAUUGCUGAAAUGA